GCACGGUUUCACUUCUGCUUUUGCCUGUUUAGAUGGAACAAGAGCUGGUGCUACUGCGAGUAGAAAGUCACUGAAUGAUCAGGAGGGUUUUUACUCCGUCGACAUGUUUGAAUAAUGAGGAAGAAGAUUAUAUCCCUACAGUGAAUAUGGCACUGUCCAGCUAUUCAGCUUCAGUGUUGAUUGGAGAGUCCAGCCUCGGGGGCUGGAAGGUGAUUGGCUCCGGGGGGUUUGGACAAAUCUACAAAGCCAGGCAUCAUCGGUUGUGCUGCGAUGUGGCCAUUAAGCUCCUUCAUCACGAUGACGGGAGCAGUUCAUCUUUGCUGCGUGAGGUGGACAUGAUGAAUCGAGGAAGAAACCCACAUGUUAUUCAGGUCCUCGGGGUCUUCCAGGGGCGACUGCCCAACGCUGGACCGACGGCACACCUCGGCCUGGUCAUGGAGUUCAUGGAGAGAGGGUCGCUGGCCUCCCUACAGGAAACCUUAUGUGGAGCUCCACCAUGGCCGCUGGUCUUCAGACUGGCUCACCAAGUGGCUCUGGGUAUAAACUUCCUCCACAGCCUCUCCCCUGCCCUGCUCCACCUGGACCUGAAGCCCAGCAACGUGCUGCUGGACUUCCAUCUCGAGGCAAAGCUUACAGAUUUUGGCCUUGCAAGGUUUUACAACAGUGUCUCCCGAGCUUCGAAGAAGGACAGCGAAGAGGAAGGAGGGACGAUCAGCUACAUGCCACCAGAGGCUUUUGACAUAUCCUACAGCCCUACACGAGCCUCUGACAUCUACAGCUAUGGUAUACUGCUGUGGUCCAUUGUCACAGGGAAGCAACCAUACGCAAAUGCAAUGUCCAGCAUCGUGCGGUUUCGCAUCCCCCAGGGAGACCGUCCAUCGCUGGAAGAGAUCAGGAGCCAGGCUGCAGGGCGUGCAGGGUUGACAGGGUUGAUGGAGCUCAUGAUUAAAUGCUGGGAGGCAAGACCCACCCAAAGGCCCUCCUCAUGUGAGUGUACAACUGUAACAGAGGACCUGUACAAGAUGCACAAACAUGGAAUUAAUGAUGCUGUCCAUGAAGUGCUGAAGAAGCUGGACGAAGGAGAAGAAGAAAGAAUGAUUGAGCAGGUUCAAGGAGUUCAUAUCACUCAGGCUUCAGCAGAUCCUGGAGUUGAAGCUGUGAACAUCUGUGAUAAUGUGCCGACAGGACGUCCACCAGUUCAGGAAAUGGCUGGCGGUUGGACUGCAAAUCAAAGAGACAAAGCAUCGACAGUCAGAGACCAGCCUGCACCUCAACAUACAAAUGUGUGCCAUGUUGACCAGGCCCGCUCAUCAAGAGACUAUGAUAAAAUGAAAGUGUCCUCCGUAUGUCCCAUUGGUUCAUCAACACCGCCUCCUUCGACUAAGAGGUCACCUCCAAGCAGAGCAGCAGACAAUCCCCAGACGGCUUUUAGGCGAGGCAUCUCUUCACAGUACCAAUACCAGCGUCAGUUUUCCAGCCCCGUCCCUUUCCCCUGCGAUCCUCCCUUGGCACGUCAAGUCUACAUAACCCUCAGCAACGUAACUGGAUUUCAGAGCGGCAACAACAAUACCAUGCACAUCUACGACGCAGACCCGUUUGAGAGGAGAAGGCACCCAACGGCACCAUCUAGUGUCAACCUCCCGCCACCACAUCCAGGAAGCUGGAAGGACAAGGCAGGAGGAGUUGGCUGAGCUCUCGUGGAGCGUUUGGAUUUAAAAUUCUCUAACUUACUUUUACAGUUCUCCAUAAUUGGUUUUAUCUUAAUCUUUAAUUUAAUAUUUUCUGUGUUUGCUUUAAAUCUGAACAGGAUUCAGAUAGCGUUUUAGUUGCAUGCAGGCUUUUAAAAUUAUAUAUAUAUAU